GUGGAGCAAGAAGUAGGCAACUUAAACAACACCCAUGCUCAGAAUUACUUUGUAAAUAAAUUGUUAAGGAAUGAAGAAAAUUAACGUAGAAAUUCGUAGAAUACUCGCAUUAACACAGGGCGAAGAAAUUAAAAGCGAAGAAUGCUUACAACUUCUUUCAAUCUUCAGACAAUCACAUCCAGAAAUCCCACUUGAUUCAUUCAGAUACGAAGCAUCUGGUGAUACAAUUUUACACUGUGCUGCUAGACAAGGUGAUCAUACAUUGUGUCUGCACCUUUUGGAUCAUUUUACUCCAGAUUGUCGUAAUAAGGAUAACAAAACACCUCUACAUGAAGCAGCGCAAUUUGGUAGACUUGAAGCUGCACGCGUUUUGCUUUCCUCCGGCGCCGAUGUAAACGCUCUGAAAAAAGCAGAUUGGACUCCAUUAAUGUUAGCAUGCACAAAACUACAAGAACAUGUUGUAAAUACAGACAAUUCCCCAAGUAAAAGACAUGCACUUGUGGAUCUUUUACUUCAAAAUGGAGCACUGGUCAACUUUCAAAACAAAGAUGGCUGGACACCAUUGCAUUUAGCUUCCAGAGAAGGUGACUUGCAUAUUAUUCAAACUUUAUGCAAACAUGGAGCUCAACUAGGGAAGAAAACAAAGAAUGGUAACACCUGCCUGCAUAUUUCUGCCCUACAUCAACAUCACCAAGCAUUUGAAACACUCUACAAGUUAUUCAAUGAUGAAACUUGUCUGGAAAUACAAAGUAAUCAAGGAAAUUAUCCUCUGCAUGAAGCAGUCUUGAGUAGAAACCUAUCUACAUUGAAACACAUCAUAAAUCUGUAUCCAAAUAUGCAAAAUCUGCAAGAAUUAGUAAACAAGUCAGGAUACAACAUUCUCCACCUAGCUGUAUUCAUUGGUAAUCUAGAAAUGAUAAACUUGUGUCUUCAUGAAAAGUUUGACAUUCAUAGAAGAACAAAAGAUGGCCAGAACUGUCUCCACCUAGCAGCACUCAACAACUUGCAUGAAGUUUACAAAUUGUGUUUAUCGCACAACGUGGACGAAAACGCAGUGGAUAGAUUCGGGCGAACACCCUGUGACUAUAUUAAACAAAAUAAAUUAGUCAUUUAACAUGUUAAACUUAACAUUCAAAAGAACCCCGUGCGCUAAUCACGAAUAAUCGCUAUGUUAGCGGCCGAGUCGAAGUUCAAAUCGGUCUUCGACGGAUAAACACUCUUCAAAUUGCCUUCGACAUCGACAAUUCGUAACUGUUCAACCGUUAAUCCAUCGCCCAUCAACACAGCAGUUUCCUGAAGAACAACAUCGGCUAUUUUUCUUGUCAACGGUACAUUUGUAUGGCUAGUAACUUCCAACAAAAUAGACUCGGUGUUUAACGUUACCUAAAAUUAAAAUAAAAUAAAAUUUUACAUUAAAA